CUCGGGUUCUAUUAUUUGUUUUGGACAAAGCUAGUUCAGCUUCAUACAUGCUAGCUUUAAAAACAGCUAUGUAAGAUUAAAAAAAUGUUUAGCCCAUGACUACAGCGGUACAUAUUUAAUCUGUUUAGGUUCUCUGUAUGUUUUAUUAGUACAAAUGGAGUCUUUUGUGGACAACUUGUUCGAAGACGAAGCGGAGAGAAUCAAGCUUCAAGCUAAACCCACCUGCUUCAUAGUAGUUGGUAAACCGGGAGUUGGCAAGUCCACAUUAGCCAAAGAAAUAGCAAAAUCUUGGAAGUGUAUUUUGAUUGACGAUACAGAACUGCUGAAGACACAUGUGAAAAAUAAAACAAAUGAUGGUAUAGAGCUCCUCAAAAUCCUGUCUGAAGAACAGACGAUACCAGAAGACAAGAUGCUGAAGCUGAUCCUCGAAAGGCUUAAUUCACAAGAUGUGGGACACUAUGGGUACGUGCUGAGUUGCCUGCCCUUUGUGUCCAAGGAGAGUUUAAAGGUUCAAGAGCAGAUUGAACUCAUCAAAAACCUUGAGUUUAAGCCUGAUUUCGUCAUUAAUAUUAAGUGUGCAGACAAUGACUUAUUACAAAGGUUGUCAGGAGUGAAACAGCAGCUGGGGAAAGACCAUGACGGUCGCCAGGACAAUGAAGACAAGUUCUUUAACCAAGAAAAGAUGGAGGACAAAGAGGAGGACAAGGAGGAGAUGUCGUCUGAACAUGAAGUUCAAGAGGACAUCAUCGAACAUAUGGUUUUCCCAUUGGAAAAUAUGACUGAAGAUGCUCUAACUAGAAUUAAUAUUUACAAUGAAAAGGUUCUCAGACCUCUGGAGGACUACAUGGCAGAACACAACCCCCUCUAUUUGUUGGAGCUAGAUGGAAACAACACACCCGAAGAGCUGCACACUACUGUCAUGUCUCGUCUUGGAUCCAUGGCAUUGAAACAUGUCUCCAUACCCCUCCUUCUCCACCACUCUGAUGAUGAAGACAUACCUGAAGAUAUUGACACAGAGCACCUGCUGAGACAUUUUUCUUCUGCUAAAGUAGUGGCUCCAGGCUUCAGGUGGCGACGAAGCCGUUGGGGGCAAAACUGCCCUGUUGCACUGAAGGAAGGACGGGUCAUUCCUGGAAAUCCCAAAUUUUCUGUGGGCUUUGAGGACAAACUAUACAUCCUCUCAUCCCAGGAGGCCCUACAGAAGUUUGUCACAAACCCUAGACUGUACCUACUACCACCCAUGCCCAGGCCACCCUGUAGGGUUGCCAUUGUAGGGCCUCCUCUGGCAGGAGUGAGCACCGUCUGUAAGCUUCUAGCUCAGCAUUACAAGGCAUCAGUUCUUGACAUAGAAGAAAUGGUGCGGCCAGUUCUGGCUGCAACUGAGAAGGAGAGGCUUAACAAGAUUACAGAAGAAUCCACGCAGGCUGCCAUCAAGAAAAUCCAAAUGAAAUCAGAAAAGGAUGAGACACAGAAUCCAGUGACAGAGGAUCAUCCAGAGGUGAAAGCCAUGGUGCUCAGUGCUAUAGAAGAAGCCCGGAAACUAAGCCCAUCUCCACUGGGCCUGUAUGCUGACGCACUGAGGAAACGUGUAAAAGAGAUUGAAGAUGCAGACAAUGAUGAAGAGUUCAAGACAGGAUGGGUGCUCGACGGCUUUCCUAAAAAUACCUCUCAAAUGGAAGCCUUGCUGCAAGGAGAAAUCCUGCCAGACAUCAUCUUUUGUCUCAAAGACAGUGAUGGAAAUCACAUUUUAAGGAGAAUGUAUGAGAUGAAUAAGGAGGCCGUGAAUGAAGCAAUCAUGAAGAGGAUGCUGAAGGAACAGUUGGAAAAAGAGAGACAAUGCUUAGAUGGAGAGGAGCAAAGUUCAGAGGUGCUUUCAAAUCUGGAGACAGACAAUGAAGAAACAGAUGGACAACCUCUAGACUCUAGAAACCCUUCAGAUCCUGAUAUUUCUGAAAUUCUUGUUCCUAAAGCUGUGACACAGCCAGACCAAUGGGAGCUGGGUUUUCCACCUUGCCCAGAGAUGGAUGAGUUUAAACUCCAAAUGCAACAGUUUAUGUCUGAAUGGGAGCAAAUGCUGCCUAAUAUAACUGUCACAUUCUCAGAACUGGACAUCGGCGGCAAACACGCCAAAGAAUUGCUUCAUGAGAUGGUCCUUCAGAUGGAGAAGCCCUUUGAGUAUCUACCUUGGGAGCUGACAGCUGUCGACCUGGAGGAGGAGGCAGAGGAUUUUGAGGCCUUGGUGGAGCUGGAGGGGGAGGAGGAAAGAAGCAGACGUGACAACGGCACAGCUGAGAAACAUGAGUAUGAAGGGCACACUACACCCAAGAGGUUACUAGGAGAUACUCUUCACUUCUGCCCUGUGGCCUUUAAAACCCAUAACAUCCUGAGGCCAUGUUCAGACCAGAUAGCAGCCAGAUAUCGUGAGAAGACCUUCUACUUCUUUAGUACAGAAGCAAGAGAUGCCUUUCUUCAGGACCCUCUACAAUUCACUACAAGGACUGAGUUACUCAAGCCCCCCGCACCACGAGUCUUACUUAUUGGCACCCGUGGAUCCGGAAAGACCCUCCAUGGUCGGUGGCUGGCCCAGCAGCUGGGCCUCUUCCAUAUUCAAUUUAGGGAGCACCUUCAGAUGCUCAUCCUGGCUAAGACAAAGAGUAAGGUACCUAACGCUGAUGAGGUGGAUACUUCAGAUGAGUUGUCAAAACAUCUAGAUGCUAAAAUUAAAGAGGCCAUGGAGGAGGAUGGGAAGGAAAUGGAAGAAGCUGCUGCCAACAUGGAUGAUUCAGAGGAAGUGGAACUAAAUGAUGUUGAAAUGGCCAUCAAAGCCUACCUGUCUGAUGGAGUUCCACUGACUCCUCAAAUCCUGGACAUGGUUGUUGCCUCGUUUUGGAAACAAGAGCCAUAUAUGUCUACUGGUUUUAUUUUGGAAGGUUUCCCACAUCUCCCCAACGAGGUGCAGUACAUGUUGCAGCAACAACUUUACCCUGACAUUGCGGUCAUCAUGUCAGUAGACGUCACUGAAGUACAGAAACGCCUGCUGCCAGCAUACCUGGAGAAGUGGCGUGAGCGCCGCAAACACCGGAAAGAACAACUGAGCCUGCUUCAAGAGCUGCGCAGAGAGAAACGAGAGAAAAACAUUGCUAUAAGAAGGGCUGAGCUGAUAGCAGAGAAAGGUGAUGCUUCAACAAAAUUAAGGCACAGUGAUAAUGAAGAUGACCAUGAAGAAGAAGCGGUUGUAGAGAACAUAGAAGAGGAGAUAGAGGCCAUGCUGGAGGAGGAGUUUGCCUUAAAGGAAGAAGAUGAAGAAACAGAGAAUGAGGAGACAGAGGAGGCAGCAACUGAGAGGCUGGAAAUGGAGAUAGAAGAGCGUUUUGUCUCAGAUGAAAAUAAUCUCACCACCGUAACGGAGCUUCUAAAUGAAUUAAACUUGUCCAGUGUCUCCAUCAAUGCAUCACGAAAACCUAAAUCUGUGCAGCAUCAGUUGCUCAGGAAUCUGCAGCAUCUGCUGACAGACAGGGAGUCACUCUUCCAAAUGUGUCAACCCAUUUCAGUCAGCCUGGCAGAGAAGCUGCUCCUUUCCUCUUACAAGCAUUACAGUGCCCUUGGCUGCUGGGACCCUAUCAAAAAAUACAAGGAGAGAAGCCUGAUCCAGCCUCUGCUGUGGCCUCCCAACAACACAUAUCCACUGAUCUUCAACCAGUAUAUCUACUUCUUUGCAUCUAAAGAGAAUCGCAAAACAUUUAUGCUGAACCCUCUGAAGUAUCUGAGGCAGCCUAAGCCAAUGCAGCCCCUUCCCUUGAAGUUAGCAGUUAUUGGACCGCCAAAAUCUGGAAAAACUACUGUUGCACAGAUGUUUGCUCAGCAAUAUGGUUUACAAAAACUGUCUGUUGACAGUGUUACACACACAGUGCUUGAGACUCAGGGCCACACUGAUCUGGCUGCUCAGGUAAAAAAGCAUGUCUCACAGGGCCAUGUUGUGCCAGAUCAACUGACAAUUCAGUGCCUGGAGGUGGCACUGCUGAGUUCAGUCUGCAGCACACAAGGGUACGUGUUGGAUGGUUUUCCAGUGACACUUGUGCAGGCGCAGCUCAUGGGUUCUCGGAGCAUCAUUCCCAUGAUAGUAAUUGAGCUAGACCUGGAUACAGUAGAAGUGCUGAGGAGAGGUCAUAUGGACAAAAUAAAACUUAACAAAUCUGAGGUGAUGGAUGAAAACACUGACAUCUUACAUGUGCGUACCUCAGCUUACAAGAAGGAGGUGGAUCAGGUGAAAAAACACUUUCAGCAACAAAAUCAGAACUGGAAAGUACUUGAUGGUUCAAAGAGUAAAUGGUGCAUCUGGAACAGCGUUUUAAAGGAAGUCAGUGUGAGCAUGACAUACAUAAACACCUAUCUGGAGAAAGUAUACAAUGGACAAGCAGCCUGCAUCAACAGGCUGUGCAUCACACCACAGGAGCUGCACAGUCGACUGGGGGAGUUUGGCCAGUAUUGUCCUGUCUGUUUGGCUCUACACCGGCACCUGCUGGACGGCUCAGAAACUGAAGCUUUGACCCAUACAGCCCAGUACGUUGGGCAGUAUUACAAGAUGUGUGGACAAGAGCAUUUAAAUGCGUUCCUGUCAACUCCAGAUCAGUUCGUGCCUCCUAACUGCCCCCACUCUCUUCCUCCAGCAAACCUUCUGCCAAGAAAGUUAACUGAGAUCCAGGUGAAGGACAAGUUCCCACAACAUGUGGAAUUGAAGGGCUUUUGCCCUGUCACCUACCAGAAUGGGAAGCAAAGGUAUGAAGCUCUAGUUCAAGGAAAGAUUGACUAUGCUGUUGAAUACAAAGAAAGGAUCUACAUCUUCCACACCAAACAGAAGCAGGACAUGUUUUUGAGGUCUCCAGAAACCUACUGCAACCAGAGCCUCCCCACUAAAGUCCCUCCGCUGUGUGAGCCCACAACUCUGACAUCUCUGCCCACCCUGGGAUACCUGGAACAAGGUGUAGCUGUAGCUGUCAUCAAGGCCAUGACUGCUGUGGGAUGUCUCAAACCAAAGUUUCCCUUCCUCAGUAUCAAACAGUCAGCACUCACCUAUGUGGCUUUGUAUCUAAAAGCUUUUAACCAGAAAAGUCCAGACUACACUCGAGAGAUGUACAAAAAGAAGCUGGCUCUGUUUGAAGAGAACUGUGCCCUCAUUCCCUACCUGACUGCAACUAUGAGGCACAACUACAAGCCUCCCAGUGAACGCCCCAUUGACUUUGAAUUCAAACUUCACAGGUUUCUGGCUUUGGACGACCAGCAAAAAGCAAGCUUGGCUCUAUAAAUUCAGUGGUUAUGGAUACAUGACAAUUACUCUUUGUAGCCAUAUCAAUGUUGUGAGACUGAAAAAUAUUAAAAAACAAAUCAAAAUGGAUAAAUGAACACAAAAACAUCUUUUAAAGAAUCUGUUUUUCUUUAUAAUGUGUAUUUAUAUAUGACACAAAUGGAGUUUGCGCACUCUUGCAUUUUUCAGUUUAUUAAACAAAUAGAAAAAGGUGUCAGUGGAAAAUGUCUAAAAUGCUUUUUGUUUGCAACAGACUACUGCACAACAAAAUAAGAAUUGCCACAUAAUUGAUAAAUAUUAAGACUUUCUUUUGUCAUUCUUUUUUUAAACUUGUCACACAAGUU